GCUCGAGCAACAACCCUAAUCUGUGUUCAUAUCCUGACGAUUUGUUUUCCCAAUUCGCAUUUCGGGGGAAUGGGUGUUCCAGAUUCCGCUCUACUCCUGCCAAAUCGGAUCAACGAAAACCAACGGUGCCGGCGGAGGAUUUUACCCAAACUUCAGAACCAAAUCAUCAAGCCUCAGGGCACGAGAUUCCGAUUUUGACUCUUGAGGAUCUUCAAGAUGUUCACCAGUCUUCUAAACCAAACCAUGAGAUUCCUAUAUUAACUCUAGAGGAUCUCCACAAUGCAAAACCAUUCCGUCAAACCAUACAAAAUCCUCGAUCGCCUCGUACAAUCUUAAAUCUUUACCGAAAGUUCGGAUUUGAUAUAAAAUUGGUGCAAAAAACUUCACCUCUUGUCCGACAUUCAGAAGCAGUUCAACACGGGGUACGUAAAGGAGAACCAAUUGUCUCGCGCUACUUCCAGAGCUCGGAGGAUGAGGAUUUGGAUUCCAAUGUCACAAACCGCUCAAAUAAAAGAUUAAUGGUGGGAGAUUACAGCGGAAGGGGGAGGAAUGACGUAGCCCCCACCUCCGGUACUACAAAAGCAAAUCAACAUUCAGUGGGAACAGAUUUACCCUCUUUCCAAAACUCAGGAAAGAAUCAAGAAGGAAACUCAUUCAAAAAUUCCAAACCAAACCAAGAAGGAGAGCGAGUAGUUUCGCGUUUCUUUCAAAAAUCAGCAAAACAACAAGCCGUGAACAAUCAGGAGGGUGCAGAGGAGUCAAAUCAGUGUGCAAGAUGUGUUAAAAGAAAACGUAAACGAGCCAAGGAAAGGAAACGGACAAGUAAAAGAAAUUCUUCAAGACCUAGGACCACUCUUUCUGCUGCCGAGUUGUUUUUGGAAGCUUAUAGAAGGAAAUCCUCAGAUGACACAUGGGACCCUCCUCCCUCUGAAAUUCGCCUUCUCCAACAGGAUCAUGCGUACGACCCUUGGAGGGUUCUACUCAUAUGUUUGCUUCUUAACCGGACAAGUGGGCGGCAGGCAAAAGAUGUGAUACCUAAACUCUUCACUUUGUGUCCCAAUCCAAAGGCUGCUUUGGAGGUAUCACAUGAGCAGAUAGAAGAUAUUAUUCGACCUCUUGGUCUACAAAGAAAAAGAUCACGAACAAUUCAGCGUUUGUCUGAGAUGUAUUUAAAAGAAAGUUGGAGUCAUGUCACUCAGCUUCCUGGUGUUGGCAAGUAUGGAGCUGAUGCACAUGCAAUAUUUUGCACUGGGUAUUGGGACCAAGUAUUACCUAAAGAUCACAUGCUUAAUUAUUACUGGGAGUUUCUCCAGAGCAUAAAGGAACACCUCUGAUCUUAUCCUGACUGUAGAUGGUUUUGUACGAGAGCACACAAGUUAUAAAUUUCAGGGCCUACUUGUCCCCAUAUCUAUAUAUAUUUUUGAGUGUUAAUAUUUUAGAAAACCAAAGUUUUGUGCUCUGGGUUUUGUUUUUUGUUGUUAGAAGGAAGGGAGGGGGAUGGGAAUCUUGUCUGAUUAUGGAUGAUUUUGUUAUGGUGACCAGGUCUUGUUUUACUUGUUCACUUGUUGGAAGUUGUUGGUAAAUGGCACCAAGCAAUUAUCUGUUUCAAGCUAAUCAACUUUUGAAAA